CUCGGCCCUCGUGUCCCUCCGCCACGCCCUCUAUAAAACACCCUCGCCCGGUCCCCCAUCCCCACCGCAUUUCUGCGCCAUCAGAACGACCCCCUAGUACGUCCACAAACAUGUCGUCCGCGUCCGCUCGUUGCUACUCUCCCGUUCCCUCUCCCAUGUCUUCCCCCGAGUUCCUCCCGACUCCCCUGCCCUCUCCGCGCCCAGUCAUCCGCAAGUCUUCAUCCUCCUCUCUGCGCAGAUUGCAGCUCGAGCCCGCCGUAGACCCUCCCAUCCCGCCGCGUCUCAUCGGUUCGCCUCUCCUCCAGAGAACCCUCCCCUCUAGACAGACGCGACGAGACGACCUCUCGCGUAAGGACAAGAGUCCUAUGCUCGCAAAGGGCUUCGUGGACGGCUACGAGUUCGGCGUCGGCGCACCCCCUGCAGCGGAAUACUCUGCCCGCAGGUCCCCUCGCCGCCGACCCGCGCCACUCCCCCUCUCUGCACCAGCCACGCCCUCUUCUUUCGCCUACCCUUCUCCUCGCAAACAGCUCCAUCGUCGCUCACCCUCGGUCGCAUUCCCCGUCUCCCCUCGUUCGCCACCGCUCACUCCCGUUAUAUCAUCCCCACCUCCGCCGGUCCCUCCCAUCCCCGCUUUCCUACUCGAGCCCGGGGAUAUAGUGUCAAAGCCCGUGCUGAGGCCCCUGCGAGGGAAUGGGAUCGAAGAGUGCAAGCCUGAGCACGUCGCCAUCCCUGAUCUUGACCUGGAGAUGGAGAUGGGCGAGGACGCCCUCACCUGGGCGCGGAGACGGAGGGAUGCCAGGAAAGAGAAUCGGCGGAGGGACGAGCCGAUGACGUGCUCCAGAUUCCUCUCGCUCAGCAACGGCCGUCGGACGGUGGGGAACGCCAUGGCAUGAAUCCCCGAAUCCCUCAAUCAUCCACCGCAAUCAUAGAAUCAUCACUUCGGCUUUCCCGCUUCCCCACUCUCGUUGCUCUCUUGCCUCCAUCUUUGUCCCGCAAGUUCAAACUGUACGCCGUCAUCGACCGUUUUCCGCAAAAGCCAUCGCAUAUUGUACC